AUGCAAUGUUUUCCCAUACCGAAAGCUGUUAUCAAGAAGAUUGAAGAUAUUUGCAGGCGGUUCGUUUGGACUGGGAACACUGAGGUCAAGAGCAGAAAAUGCCCUGUUGCAUGGAAUAGAGUCUGCAGCAGGUAUAAGCAAGGUGGGUUGCAAAUUAUGAACCUGUAUUGGUGGAACUGUGCUCUCCUUAUGAAGUGUUUAUGGAACAUUAGCGAAAAGGCUGAUAAUCUAUGGGUUCGAUGGAUUAACUGUCAUUACUUAAAGGGCAUGGAUGUCAUGGAUUAUGAUAUAAAAAAUAGUAAUAGCUGGAUGUUUAAGGGUAUCCUGAAACAAAGGGAGUAUAUGAUGAAUAUGAUGCAGAAUUGGAAUGAGGCCAAGGCAAAGCGUAGAUUCGUAACCACGAAAUUCUACAAUUGUCUAAACUCUGAUGGCAGCAAUGUGUCCUGGGCCAGUGUGAUACAGAAUAAUAAAGCUCAACCUAGGGCUAUUGUGUGUUUGUGGAUGGCUUGCCAUAUGAGGCUUCCGACUAGAGAUAGAUUGAAACGGUUUGGGAUGUUGCAGGAGAGUGUGUGUCUUUUAUGUCAUGCUGAGGAAGAAUCACACAAUCACCUUUUCUUUGAGUGCAGAAAAACUGAAGUUGUUUGGCAGAGCAUUCUCGACUGGAUAGAGGUGGAUCAUAAACCCCUUAAGUGGGAGGAUGAACUCCUUUGGAUCACUGCAGUAACUAGGGGGAAGGGUUGGAGAGCUAUGGUAGUUAAAGUGGGUAUAACUGAGACCAUUUAUAGCAUUUGGAGAUUGAGAAAUGAUACAUGUUUUAAGAAUAAUGUGGAUAAUACGAAUAUAGUGGAUAGAAUUAAGGACAGUAUAGUUUACAGAUUGUGGAACAUUAGGAAGUUUAGACAACAUGUAGCUCGUAUGAUGAUGUAA